CGCUCGGUCCACAGUCCUCGGCCGCAGAACGGAGCCAGCGCCGCCUGAGCCUGAGCCCAGCCGGAGCCACCCGACCGCCUUUGUCUGCACCGCGCGGCCAGAGCCGCGGCCCUCGAGUCGGGGACGGCUCCCCCCGCGGCUUGCGCGGGCCGAUGCCCCCGCAGCAGGGGGACCCCGAGUUCCCGGGCCGCUGCGAGGCGCCGCCCGUGCCGCCCCGCCGGGAGCGCGGGGUCCGUGGGCCCGGGGCGCCGGGGGGCCGGGGGCGCGCGGGCGGCCCCGAGGGGCACGGCGUCAAGUGCGUGCUGGUCGGCGACGGCGCCGUGGGCAAGACCAGCUUGGUGGUGAGCUACACCACCAACGGCUACCCCACCGAGUACAUCCCCACCGCCUUUGACAACUUCUCGGCUGUGGUUUCCGUGGAUGGGCGGCCCGUGAAACUCCAGCUCUGUGACACUGCAGGACAGGAUGAGUUUGACAAGCUCCGGCCUCUGUGUUACACCAACGCCGACAUCUUCCUCCUGUGCUUCAGUGUUGUGGGUCCCUCCUCCUUCCAGAACGUCAGUGAGAAAUGGGUGCCAGAGAUUCGGUGCCACUGUCCCAAAGCCCCCAUCAUCCUUGUGGGGACACAGUCGGACCUCAGAGAAGACGUCAAAGUCCUUAUCGAGCUGGACAAAUGCAAAGAGAAGCCGGUACCCGAGGAGGCGGCCAGGUUGUGUGCCGAGGAGAUCAAAGCCACCUCUUACAUUGAGUGCUCGGCCUUGACUCAGAAGAACCUCAAAGAGGUCUUCGAUGCAGCCAUUGUAGCCGGCAUUCAGUAUUCGGACUCCCAGCUGCAGCCAAAGAAGUCCAAGAGCAGGACUCCCGACAAGAUGAAGACCUUAUCCAAGUCCUGGUGGAAGAAGUACUGCUGUUUCGUAUGAUGCUAAUGGGGACCCCAGCGGGCUGUGUUCUGACAAAACCCGCACUAGAGGCUAUAUUAGCUGACGUGACUCUUUGGCUGUGUAGGACCUGUAUAGCGAGUGCAUGUAUAUAUGGAUUAUAGGAGGUGCUCCAAUUUAUGUGAUUCUUUCUUGCCUUUGACCUUCUUGUUUGUUUGAGCUGAGGGAUGAGAUACUUAUGCAAGAUAUCUUGAAGUAAGUUAAGAAUUUUUCAUAACUCUGGAAAUUUAGAGCUUUAGACCUUUUGAUUAAUUUAUAUCUAAUAUGAAAAAGGCACACCUCAGAUCUGGGUGUCCAGAGUGAAAGUUUGCUAUGAGAUAACACACGGAAGAACAAAGAGGAAAUGGUGUGGUUAGCCAUCCCUUCACUGAAGGCUGGUCAGAGUAACUCAGCUCUGAAACCUUAUACUUUUUUCCCCUUUGUUUUAAGGAAAAAAAAAUCUGGGGAAAAAAAAAAGAUUUCUGCCUGUAAAACCUCAAAUCAGACACUUUGGUUAUAUUCUUAUACCCCGUUGCUUAAGAUUUAAAAACAACCAACAAAAAACAUCCCACUGACAAUGGUGCUAUAUAGACCAAAAAGGAAAAAUUGUUGAUGGGGGUUUUUCAUCCUGAGAUCAUGUGAACAGCCAGAAUGCCGUGAGGAGUACAGUGGUAGCCCGCAGCUCUCUUUUCUUUAGGGAACGACUCACACUGAAAUCAGUGUGGUGUUGCUGCCAUGCGCGUGAGCCAAGCUGCCUGAACCUCUAUGAUGGCUGCGCUCAGGAGCCCUGCCUGGAUUGGUCCUAAACUUCUGGGCCUUCCCUGCCCUGUCUGCAGAGAAACGAACACUCUAGCAGGCUGUAGCAGGCAGGUGUUUUGGGAAAUGAAACAAAAUGUCUUUGUUUUUUGUUUUUUUUUUAAGUCAGUCCAAAGGUACUUCUUUGUGUACACAUAUGAACACAGAUAUAUAUGUGGCUGUUCUUGCUGCUGAUUCAGACGUUUAACUAUGGAAAAAAAAACGUGUCCACAGGAACAGCUGUGAUGGAAGCCUGGCUUCCUCUUUUAACACGUUUUGAAACAGAACUCUUUUUAAUGAUAUCUGAGAUGUGAUUCUAAGUGUAUCUUCACACAUUUUGGAGCCCAUGUUAAAACAUGUACAUCUCUUAGAACCUGUUUUAAAAUUAAUGCCUCUUGAAACCUACUAAAGCCACAGACACCUCUCAGGGAGCUGGCAGCAGAGGUCAGGGGCCAUGGAGGUGGCGGUGGCAGGGACCACAGUGCCCUUGCUCAGCACUUUCUACACUGUAGAACAGUCAGAAAACCACAGAUUGUGACAUAUUUGUGUUGUUGCAGAUGGUGGCUUUUAGGGCUUUAUGUUUUGGAGGAAAAAAAGUGCCACAUCCAGAGAGCAGUUUUACUCUGGGAUGGGGUUGCUUCUGAGUUGCUGAGAAGUAGCCAAAUACAUCGAGUUGUGAUGUCAGGCUUGCACUGGUGAUGAAGAUCUACCAAAAUCAACCAGUAACUGGGGAAAUUUCUCUAGUGCCAACAGGUAGAGGAGUUUAUCUUUCUGUGGAUCUUGUCCUUUUUAUAUUAAAAAAAAUCUAAUUUGUGUUUCUUCAUAUAAAAAGUAAAUGAUCAGGCUAUACUUUAGGUUAGGGGCUUCUUUUUUUCUGUUAGUAAAUAAAAUUAACUAAUUUCUUCAUUUAAAAACUGAAAUACAUACUGUUUACUAUUUAUUUUUCAGUACAUUGAAAUUGAUAUCAUAGUUUCCUGAAGCAUUUAGUUACAACCUGAGUGAAUAAAAUUACUUCAUUUGUGGAAAUGCCACAAACA